UGGAAAUGUUGAUUUCUAUCAAUCAGUGUUGAAACAACAUCUCAAUUAUACCUACCUAUACUAGUACAUCGUUUGAAUACUCUUAUUUCUGCGUGCUUUACUUCCAAAGCCUGACGAUGGCGAAAAUUCCCACGUCAGAAGGACAAAUCCCUUUUCAAAUUCCUGGGGAAAAUAAUAUUUCUUGUUCGACCUAUUACAAGGUUUUCGGCGAUCUUGCGCGGGACGCCCCGGCUGUAGUAAUCCUUCAUGGCGGCCCUGGUGGUGGGCAUGAAUACUUGCUCUCUUUCGCAGAACUUUGGCCUCGCUACGGUCUCCCGGUAGUUUUGUACGACCAGAUCGGAUGCGGUGCUUCAACCCAUCUUCCUCAAAUGGAAGGUAACAAAGGUUUUUGGCAAGAGUCUCUAUUUGUCGCUGAAUUGGAUAACCUCCUCGACCAUCUGAAACUUCGUGAAGGCCCUGGAUUCCACUUGCUAGGCCAAAGUUGGGGAGGGAUUCUGGGAGUUGCCUUCGCUGCCAGCCGACCUCGCGGUUUGCGGAGACUGGUAUUGGCCAGUGCACUGGCCAGCAUGGAGCUUUCUGUGCAGAGCAUCCAACUCUGCAGAAGCGAGCUUCCAAUGAAUUCACAGAGAGUGCUAGAUAGAUGCGAACAGGAGGCUGAUUACGAGAGCCAGGCUUAUAAAGAAGCUCUGACUGUCUUUCAUAAGAUGUUCGUGUGUCGAGCAGAGCCAGUGCCGGCGGAAUUAAUGCUUGCAUUCCAACAUCUUAGCGAUGAUCGGACAGUUUAUGGCACCAUGUACGGACCCUCUGUUUUCAAAUGUACGGGCUCACUACGCAGCUGGUCGAGCAUACCAUGCCUCCCACAGAUCACGGCCCCUACUUUAGUCUAUAACGGAGAGUAUGAUACGUCGCGCGAUAUAUCGCAGGAGCCGUUUUUUGAUCACAUUCCACGUGUUCGCUGGAUCACAUUCCAAGGAGGAAGUCAUAUGUGUCAUCUUGAUGCUGGUGGCCUCGGGGAACGGGUUUUGAAGGUGGUGGGUGAAUUUCUGAUGCAGCACAAGGCGGUUGCAUUACAGCCCUGAUAUCAUGUUAUCUUCAAGUCUAUCAAAUGUUUUGGAUAUGUAGGUACCUAGCAUAUUGGGUACCUAGGUAGGUAGAAAUUUUAUUGAAUC